AUGGAGUUGCCAGUCAGACCCACGACUCUUGCGUCGCAGUGUUACCCGCCUUCGUCGGACUUUAUCCUGGAUCAUCGCCAUGUCCUCUCCGCACCAAGACCGCCUCUGCGCGAGUCCACUGGCAAUGCUCAGUAUCAUCAUUUCCAACAACAGCAUGAGCAACAGCAACGCCGACAACAGCAGCAGCAGCAACAGCAACAACUCGGUGCUCUGGUAAGGUCGACGUUUGCACAUCAUCAGCUCUCCAUUCCUAGUCCACCCGUUGUCCCGACUCAGUCUGUCAGUUCCGCCUAUGGCACCCCCGAAUUCCUUGGGUUACAGCAAAGGCAUCAGAUGCAGCUUCGGAGAAGGGAACAUGCCAUCAACCCAAUCUACUUGUCACCUCAGUUUCUCAGUUACAGGAAGAAGCAAGCAAGUAAGAGCAAGGAAGAAAAGUCAGACCAGAAAUGGCCAGACGUCCUUGAGGAUGCGUUUCUUGACGACCAGGUGGCUGAUACAGGUACUUGUCCAGCUAUGUUGCUUAUCCCUCAGCAAAUGGGAAAGAGAAAGUACACGAUGCGUUCGAAGCUCUGGGGUCGGAACAUGUUAGUUACUGAGUAUCUCUGGAUAGCGUAUCGUGCCAGCUUGCCGCCCGGAACCGAACCGGACCCGAAGAUGAAGAGAACGCGAAAACAGGUGUCGAGCCACAUCCAAGUUUUGAAGAACUUACUUCUGAAUCAUCGAUGCUUUCACUUCUUCUUCCCUCGACACGAUGAGAAAGAGGAGAAGAGCAGACCACGCAAGGUGGCUAAAAAGCAGCCCUUGUCGGCGACGAAGCUCAAGGAAAUCGAGUCUUUCAAGAAAAACCCAGUGCUGAUUGCCUUGGCAGAAGGUCGUCUUCCCGAUGAGCGGCCCAAUUACGAGUACUUUGCCCACAUCCUUGCACUGAAUGACCAGAUUGCCAUCCGGCCCAAACGAUGUUGGAUCUUCGUGUCACACCCCAACGUCAAUGUCCGGGGUGACGGCUCCGGAUACCUUCCCACCACGGGCGACAGGCUAGACAAGAGCGAAUACCCUCACCUUGAACGCAACCUCGAAAAGGAGAAAUGGGCCAAGGAAGAACAGCAGAUCUUCAAAGGCUCGCUUUUACACGAGUUUACGAAGGAAAUUCGCCAAGUAGAGUCCAGCACUGUCAGAGAAGUCAGCAGGGGGUGGGAGACCUCGUUUCCCAAACUCCAUGAGCGACUUGAGGCCAUCGUCGCCGCCGAUAGUCGCUGCGACUAUUUGCACAUGAACGUCGCCUUGGAGCUGAAGGAAAAGCGAGGUUUUCCCAACCAAUCGGACUUCAACUCGUGGAUUGAGAUCAGCAUCGAGCAACCACAGUUACUCAGCCACCGGUGGAAGGUAGAGACGAAGCUUGUCCGCCCGGCCGAGUUGAGCUUCGUGAGCGAAAAGUCGCCGCCGCAAACAUACUAUGAGACAAGUGCCGAGAUCGCCAUCCAAUACCAGCACCUCCCCGGUUGCGACGGGUACAACCAUCAAUGUAAUUGCAUCUCGGCGCGCCGACGUCGGGACUGGGUCAUGGUACCGUUCCCAGCUGACGCAUGGGCGCGAACUCUCACCAACUGCGCUGAGUAUCCCGCUCACCCGUUCACAGGAGUGCGGCGAGAGGCCAACAAGAGAAGGGCAACGGCCGCUUCCUUGAAGAGAGAACCUCAAGAUUCUGAAGACAAUGACGACACCGAGAGCACCAGUAGCACCCGAUCUAGCGUCAGCGGCGACGGAGGCCAACCAACACAGAUGGAACUAGUUCCCCAGAUUGCCAUGCUCCAAGAGAUCUGGUCCUGCCCACCCGAGUCUCCUCUCGAGCAGCAGGAUGUUGGCCUUACCGGCACCGCAAGCCACCAGCCGCAAUGGACCCGCUGUGCCGUGAUCCUUUGGACAUUCGAGACCAUCCACAGCCUCGACAGCGCCGGUAGGGUCCUCACCGCACAAAGCGGCAAGACCAGCUGGCGCUUCCUGACCGUCCUCGACCCAACAAGCCCCUACCACCAGCAAAAGGCACUGCUUAGCAGUUCCGAAGCCGCUGCUGCCGGACAAGUCAUUGGGCCAAAGCGCCACACAACAACCGCCGCCGGUAGGACUUCACUGAGUAUCAACCCCCAUUAUCCCGGGCCCUCCCACGGCAUAGGUGCAACAGAAACCUUCGUCCCAUCGCCCAUCUCCACAUCAAUGGGAACCACGCCCGGAAUUGGGGGUCGCGCCGGCGACCUGAUCGUGUCACCAGCAUCCAGCUACCAGCAACACCUGAACGCCGCUGCCGGAAUGGGCGACGUGUACACCUCGGCUGCGGUCUCGACCGCCGCAACAUCUACCGCAUGGGGCGGUGGUACUGAUCCCCGGAGCUCCUUCUCCUCUGUGGGAUCUGGGGCUACGCAUUUUAGUUCUGCGGCUGCGGCAGCAGCAGCAGCAGCAACAGACUACGAUGCCCAGUUCCAGAUGAUGCUUGAGCAUAGCAUGAGGGGAGGAGGAGGCGGAGGUGGACAUGAAGGGCAAAGAUUGGGGAGUUACGGUGGUGCCAGUGCUCACUCGGGCUUGGAGACACCUCCGCCUAGCGCAACAAUGAGUGUCUCAUUUACUCACAACUUUGAUGCCGCGGGUGGUCCGGGUGGUGGGAGUCAGAAGCAGCAUUACAGCCAUCAACAUCCAGCCCCCCAUACUGGUCUUUCCCUUGCCAGUCAUCAUCUUCUUCAUGCACACAACCCCCCACAACCUUCACUGAAUGAUCUGGCUGCUGUGACGGAUCCGUUUUUGACCGCUACAUCUAAUCUCUAUGGUCCUUCCACCACCGCACCGUCCACUUGGUCUGGUACCAGUGGGUUCGAAUCAACCUGGUUAGCGGCACCAGCGGGGUACGCCGCUGCUAGUACUCACGCUGCUGUUGGUGAUGGUGCUCAGCAAUGGGGAACAAGGACGUCGUCGUUGACGUCUCAACAUCUACAUCCUCAGACUUCUGUUGUUGCUUCACAUCCACCUAGCAACCCCGUCUCAAGAGCGGGGUCAGUCGAUGGACGUUAUAGCCAUCAGCUACACCAAACAUCUCAUCAGCAUCCUCAUCAACAACAGCACCAACAACAGCAAUGGCAGGGCAAUGGCACUGCCGGGGGGCUGGUUGAUGACCACGGUCUCUGGACACCCGCCACGUCGGCCGGUGCGGAGGUUCACUGGCCUGUGACUGGUGAUGAACAGCAAGAACAUCACCAGGGGCAUUCCCAGUCUCAGCAUCAUCAACAGCAGCAGCACCACCACCACCAACAUCAUUAUGCGCGUUUUCAAGAUCAAUACCAGUCACAUCCUAGUCAGCACCAGCACCAGCAUCGAUCUAUAAGCUCAAACUCUCCCAAAGAAGGCCACCACCUCUCGCAAGAGUGGGACGAGAUUGUGGCCAGCGCCAACGGAUCACAAGGGGCAGCGUUGGUGGAAGAGAUGCAAAUGGGAGAUGACUACCACCAUCAAGCUCAGUCACUCACGCGAGGAGUUAAGCGUCCUCGAUCAGCCGUAGGUCUAGGGGAUGAUGAUGAUGAGGAAUCAGGGGAUGAGAGCGAUGAUAGUGAUGACGAAAAUUAUGAGGAGGACUAGUCACAUGAUAUCUUCUGGUAUCAGCAGCGCGGGCCUUUGGUGAUCAAUGUGAGUGCGGAGCGCACUGGAAACGGAAAACAUAAUCGUGGAUGGACGGCAGUUGCGUGGAACUCUUCCAAUGACUCGAUAACUGGAUUAGAUGAGUGAUCAAGUUGGGCGGAUGGAGAUUCCCGCCAUUUUCAAGCCACUUGGCAGUGGGCGUUUUUAGGUUAUGCGGGUUCUUUUUUUGGAUUCGCUUUUGACAUGACGCAUGAUCAAAGGGCGCAUCUCAACUUGGUUAUAUUACCUUUUUUUUUCUUCCCCAAGUCUCCAUUUGUAUGUGUGUGUGUAUGUGUUGUGUCUCACGGUAGUAGUUUUGUGAACGAUAAAAUAGGAGACGGAGGAUAUGAUGGGGGCAUCGCUAUAGGGCCAAGAUUAUCUGCACACAAUGAG